ACGUACUUCUACACAAAAACCUAUCAGUAUAUUCAGUGUUUUAAAGUACUGUUAAAAUAAGUUCUCAUAAGAAUUUGUCAACGACAUUUUGUUUUAUUCAUGAUUUUCCUCUCUCUUUCCUUGCCUUCUUCCUUCUCCAUUGGAGCAUGGAUGUAGAAAAUCUAGAAAUUCGUGUUGAGGAAAAUUUUGAAAUCCACGUUUCUUAGGCCAUGCAGCGUUUUCUAAUUUUCAAUCUAACUCACGUUUUUUCAUUUCUUGUGAACAAAGUUAUUUCUAGAUGCUUGAAUUUUCAACAUAGGCCGGCCAUGGCAUAAACAGUCAAACCAAAAUAUUACAUCCUUCUAGUUUAGAAAAGCAUCCCAAAACACUAUAAAUAGCAGCAUAAGGUUAGAAACAACUUACAAGAUGAAGACUUCAACAAGUUCAUUGCUUUCACUUCUUUUCCUUUUCUCAUCUUCAUUGGCAGCUUUGGCAAAUACUCAUGAAGAUUUUCUUGAAUGUCUUUCCCUUCAUUCCCAGAAUUCCAACGCCAUAUCUAAUGUCGUUUACACCCCAAAUAACUCUUCGUAUUCAUCAAUCUUGCUAUCUUCGGUUCGAAAUGGGCGGUUUUCAUCAGCUGCCACCUUAAAACAUCCGGUAAUUGUUACACCAUUGCAUGAAUCUCAAAUUCAAGCAGCCAUAUACUGUUCAAGAAAGCAUGGCUUGCAAAUUAGAAUUCGGAGUGGAGGGCAUGACUAUGAGGGUCUUUCUUACCUUGCUAAAAGCCCAUUUGUCAUAAUAGAUAUGAGAAAUCUUCGAUCAAUCUCCAUCGAUACUCAGAAUAGUACUGCAUGGGUUCAAGUUGGUGCCACUCUUGGAGAACUUUAUUAUACCAUUGCUGAAAAAAGUAGCACUCUUGGCUUUCCGGCGGGCGUUUGCCCAACUGUUGGUGUUGGUGGGCACUUUAGUGGAGGAGGGUAUGGCAUGAUAUCUCGUAGAUAUGGCAUUGCUGCAGAUAAUAUUAUCGAUGCACAAAUAAUCGAUGUUAAUGGAAGAAUCCUUGACCGCAAAUCCAUGGGGGAGGACCUCUUUUGGGCGAUUAGAGGAGGUGGAGGUGCAAGUUUUGGAUUUAUUCUUUCAUUCAAGAUAAGGUUGCUACCUGUUCCGCAAAAUGUGACUGUUUUCAACGUAGUUAGAACUUUGGAGCAAAAUGCAACCAAGCUUGUUCAUCGGUGGCAAUAUAUUGCAGACAAGAUUGAUGACAAAUUAUUAAUCAGACUUUUCGUAAGAAGUAUCAACUCUACUUCUAAUGGAAAAAGAUCAAUACAAGCCUCCUUCACAUCUUUGUUCCUUGGUGGAACUGAUGAACUCCUCCCACUGAUGCAUGAAAGCUUCCCUGAAUUGGGAUUGGUGAAAGAAGACUGCAUUGAAAUGAGCUGGAUUGAAUCUGUACUAUACUUUGCAGGUUUCCAAAGUGGAGAAUCGCUUGAUGUUUUACGAAAUAGAACUUCUGGCAUAAAUGAGAUCUCUUUCAAAGGAAAAUCAGACUAUGUGCAAAAGCCUAUUCCUGAAAACGGGCUCGAGAGGAUAUGGGACUUGCUACAUGAGGAAGAUGUGGGGGCGGCUGAGUUGCAGUUUAGUCCUUAUGGUGGAAGGUUGAAUGAGAUUCCGGAAUCAGAUAUACCUUUUCCUCACAGAUCUGGAAACAUAUACAUGCUUCAUUAUGGUGUAUUCUGGGUGGAAGAAGAGACAGCAGUGGCCGAAAGUCACCUUAGUUGGGCUCGGAGGCUAUACGGUCUCUUGGCUUCCUAUGUUUCCAAGUCUCCAAGAGCUGCAUAUUUCAACUACAGGGAUUUAGACUUGGGUGUGAACAACAAAGGCAAUACAAGCUAUACACAAGCAAGUAUUUGGGGUCUUCGAUAUUUCAAGAAUAACUUCCAGAGAUUGGUACAAGUCAAGACGGUGGUUGAUCCCAGUAAUUUCUUCAGAAAUGAACAGAGCAUUCCAUCUAUGUCACCGUGGUGGAAGAAGAGGGGUGAUUAAAAUCCACAUAAAAAAAUUUAAAAUUCACAAUGUUUAUACAUAAGCAUGUGAUUACUCAUACUUCAGCCAAAAAGUGUCAUGUCUAACUGUUUCAUGUUUCAUAUGAUAUGUAUAAAUAAGAUUGACAGAUGUCUAUGUAAUUUCAUAUGUCGUGCAUAAUAAAAUUUGAUUGCUUA